UUGAAUAUUAUUAUUAGAAAUAUUGCCAUUGAUUAUAGUAAUCUUCUAAGCACUGAAAACGGUUUUGUUAAUAAUGCAAAAGUUAGCGUUAUUCGGUGCCUAGAAGACUGCAAUGAAGUGGACGAUAUAAAUGACAAGCUCGUGGAAACUGUCCAUGCGGUCGGAGCUAAGUUCUGCAAGACCCGCCGCAGAAGAACACAAAAACUCUCCGAUCACACUCUUAAUCUCAUGGCUGUUAGACGGGAGAUGAAGCUACAUUCUUCAACAGACUUGACAGCAUACAGGCAUCUGAACAGACAGAUCUCCAAAUGCAUGCGGCGGGACUUACACGACCUAGUUAUAACGGAAGAGGACCCACUUAUACUGGAAUCCAUGAUACAAGCCCUAAUAGACAGAAGUAGAGAAGUAGGUAUAGAAAUUAACAUAUGCAAGACAAAAAUGAUGACCAACUCAAUACCCAUAGACAUAACCAUCAACGGACAGAAACUUGAAUAUGUAGAGGAAUAUGUUAAAAAGGAAAAGUGGAGCAAACAGGUGACAGUUUGGUAUCCAAGGAACAGCACUAGGAGCCAAGGUCGUAAAUCAAGAAGAUGGGAGGAUGAUCUAAAAUUGACCUUAGAACCCCUUUGGAUAAGAGUAGCGGCAGACACAAGACAGCGAAAAGACUUGGAGGAGGCCUUUGUCGAAAGACACACUGAAAUAAGAGAUAUUUUGUAA